AUGGCGCGGAUAUCGAUCCUUCUUUGGACGACAAUUGUCUUGAGCCGUCUUGCGGCUGCUGCGAGUAUCGUAUACGUGACCGAUCUAUCUAUAUACACUCUGCUGGCGCCAUGCGCGCAGACGGCCCUCUCUUACAACAUCUUCACCCAAACCUACUCGGCUUGCGGUGAGGCGCCGACCGAUCUGCAGUCAUGUAUCUGCACAAAGAACAACAACCUUGCGGCCGUGUCGACGUCUCUCUCCAAGUCCAUCAGCUACAGCUGCGGAUCCACGGCCUCCGAGGACCAGACCAGCGCCGCGGCCGUCCUCAGCCAGUACUGCAACCCAGACGCGACCGUCGCCUUCGCGACGCCGACGACCAACAUCGUCACCAAGUACGCUACCGACAUUGCCGAGUUCAGCAACAUGGCGCCGUGCGCCCAAUCGGGCGUCUCGUACGCGCUCAGCUCCAUGACCUCGCUCUGCCCCGAGCCGGCGAGCCUCAUGGCGCCGUGCAUCUGCACCCGGAACGAUAACUCGGCGCGCGUGAGCCGGUCCGUGGCGUCUCUCGUCCGAUACUCGUGCUCCAAUGCGGCGGACGUGACGUCCGGUCUCGCGUUUUAUGACGCGUACUGCGCCAUGAACAAGGGCACCACUGCGUUCCCUCAGCCGUCGCCGCCUCCCGGGGACAUGACAUACUACAUGACGGCCCUGACCCGGUACAGCGCGCUGGCCCCUUGCGCGCAGUCUGGCAUAUCGAACGCCAUGUACUCCCUCACGAGCUACCAGUGCCCGGAUGGGCCCAAGGCGCUGGCGUCGUGCAUCUGCCUGAAGGAUGGCGUCACGAACCUGGUGACGAGCACCAUGACGUCCAACGUCAAGUACUACUGCUCUUCCACGGCGUCGGAGGAUGUUUCUUCUGCUCUGGCAGUCUUGGACCUUUACUGCAAGGCUGCCAGGAACGAGGUGGUCGCGACUGUCCACGAGUCUAUUGCUCAAACUUACGCAACGGCAAAGGCCGGUACUGCAUCUGACGCUACCCAGUCUCAACCUACCAGUACAAGUUCAAGUGCUGCCGGCGGUAGUGCUGAUAAUAACGACACAAGCUCUGGGGGGCCCGGCCUUGCUGCUGUCGUAGGCGUGGUCGUUGCGGUGAUUGGCGGCUUAUCCAUCACCGGUCUCGUUGGGUUCAUGAUCUACCAUCGCAGGAAGAAGACGCAUCCGAGGUUCCCCAUAACCUCGACCAUCGGCCCGCCCGAGAUGAACGGUCCCCCCGAGCUGGGCGGCACGAUGUUGUCGACACUGCCGCCAAAGAGCCCCCAAAUGAGCGUCUCCUACACGGGGUCUCCCCGGCCGGACACGGUAUCUCCUGUCGCCACUUCCAACAGCAUGUUCGCGCCGCCGCCGCUGGGCGCGGAACUCCACGGCCAGGGGCGAUUACCACACGAGAUGCCGGCCAGCAGCAACAACCACGUCCAGCCUUCCGGUCAGUAUAUGCCGGCUGAGCUGCAAGUGCAACAUGGACAGGCGCAUUAUACCCAAGGGGGAUACUCGCAGCCACAGGGAGGUUCAGCGGUGGCUGAGGCGCACGGCCAGCCAAUUCACCAGAUGCCGGGCGGGCCGCAGCCAGUGUACCGGGUACCGGGACAGCAACAGCAACAGAAAUGGGCAGAGCUGCAGGAGAUGGGAUGGCACGCAGGGCCGACGCCGGGAUAUUCGGAAAUGGACGCAGGCCAGCAACGUAGAUGA